ACGUUCUAAAUGAAAGAAUCGAUUUCAUAGAACGAACGAAAUAUAUUGAAUGAAAUCGAUUGAUUUCUAUAAACACAAACACCUUAAGAUAAGUUAUUUGUAACGAAUUAAGCUCCUGCGUGCUCGGUAAAACGUUUCGAUCAGACGCUUGUGAAGGGACACAAGAGAAAUAAGCGUUAGCUUCGUGUUCGCAGAACCUAAGCUCUUCUUCUACGAUAACGGUACACGACGAAAAAAGGCAUCCAGGCCAUCUCCUCUUUGUACGAUACGCGCGUAAGGUUGGGGCGCCAGUCACGACUUAGCAGAAGACUCGAACGAUGGCAAAACGCAAUCAAGAAAAGAUCUUUAACCGGUUCUGUAAGAACAUUUUGAAAAUAGCUCUAAUAUGAUCAAAGAAAAAGAAAAAAAGGAAAAAUAAUAAUUGAUGAUAUAUGAUUUUAAAUAUUUCAGAAAGUAAUCGAUUGAGUCUUUGAAAUAAUUUUGAGAAUAUAUCAACGAAAGAUUUGUUCAUUGUUGUUCCUGUUUUCAUGAAUGAGAGAUUACUCGAUGAUCUUAUGCUGAUUACAAACGACAAAGCACUAGCCUUGUUUCGACCUGAAUCGAUGAUAGUUUUAUCGGAUAAGAUACCGAACAACAUAAAUUCUCGAGUAAGAUAUUUACUAAACAGUAAAUCUUGCAAUCUAUAAAUCUUUCGACAUGUCUUCUCUUUGCCUGAGACCUCGUAGUACAAAUUCGAUAUAACAGUAGUCCCGGUUACCUAGAAAAUCGUAUGACCAAUUAAGAAUGAACGAACCUCGACGUACGUUCGAUCAGGUAGACUAGUGAAAGAAGACAGCUAUCAGGCUACCGGAAUGGCUAAGCUCAUCAACGAUGGUUAAGUAUCGUUUGUGAAUGAAUAAACGAUGAGGGUGGCUCAAUUGAAUGGUAAUUAAACAUCGUGUCGAACUUCCGAGCGCGAUUGGACGAACGAUGACUGAGCCGGGCCACGAAAGAGCAACACAAUGACAACAAUGACGCACUUCGUUAGAACCGUCGAAGGACGAGGAGAUAGACGUAUCAACGUUCCCUUUGGAUUCACCUGCCGAUUCGAGCGCAAGGAAUACCCUGCCCCUUCCUAUUGGGUUCGUAAUGAAAGGCAGGAUGCGACUGGGACCGGACGUGACGGUCCUAGAAUACGCAAACAGUUCCAGAAACGAAGGAAACACCUAGCUGCUCGACGAUGAUGACUCUACGUCCAGAAUCGAUCAAGAUUGACACUCUUCUCGAAGAACCGAGUACAAUUUAUAUUUUCUAGGAGACUUUAGCUUCUACGAUUUACUUUUGAUCAAAGGAACAUUAUAGUUUCUUUGAAAAAAUUCAGAAUCAUUUGGCAUCUUUGUUCGUAUAUUUGUAAAAAAUUUAUGUUUAAAGAGAUAAUUUCUUUUAGAGACAUCACAAUUACGGCUUGGUGAAAGUAAAAAAAUAUCACUAUGUUAACCCAUUUCUCUAUCUAAUCUCGCACACUUGAGAAAAUGCAUCUUGUGGAUAUUGAUCCGAUACCAUUCAAACCAAAUGCCAUUCUACGUUGCAAAAUUUUCGCGUGACUUCUCGCGUGAAUCGUGAAAGGUUUCUUCAACCGUAAGAGAUCUAUCAUUUCUUUCAUCUUUCUUAUGUAAAACGAUAUCGACUAACGAUUUUCAAACUAAGCAUUCACAUCAACAUACGAGACAGAAAAUAAACUGUAUUAAAAAUAGCCAAGAAAAGAGAAGAUGAUAAUUUUUUUUUAAUUGAAAUAUAAAUAUUAAUGAGGUUGUCUGCAAACAUUUAACUUUCUAUGAGAGCCUGGACACCCUGUAUAGACUCGUGUACAUAUGUGUAGGCGCAGUUGCAGUAAGUUAGAUAAUGUCCUGACAGGGUCUAUGAACUCCGCAAGCGCACUUACUUCGUAUUGCAGUGAUGUGCGCGGCGGUACCACGUUUAAAGUAUCGCAGUGAUAUUUAUUGAUCAUGUUAGUUCAUCUAAUAAUUGAAUAUUUUGUUAAUAUCGAGUUUAUAUUAAAUUUACUAUUUCUAUCAACCAUUAGGAUAAUUCAUGUAAAUCUCACGUGAAUUAGCCGUUCGAUCAGUUUCUAAUUUUUUAAGUUGUUAAGAUUACUUUUUAAUAUGGUCUGAUAUUUUUUUACAACAGAAUUGUAACGAACGGAUUUCUUGAAAUAAAAAAAAAAAAAAAAAAAAAAAGCAGAAAAGUAAUUGUACAUCAUGCAAAAAGCAAUAGCACUAUUCGAGUACAUUAAAAUCGAUCAUUAUUGACAGAAUAUCGAUUUCUCGUAACGCAAGGAGCCGAUAAGAGGGCUGGCAGCUCAGAAGAAACAAUGACACGCGUUUCUAUCCUUCCACGAGUCAGCACCAAUCGGAGCAUGUUCCUCUUUCUCAACACUGUCCUUUGAGGGAGAGAAAAAUAGGCAGGGGGAGGAAAGGAGGGAUAGAGAGAGAGAAAGAGAAAGAGAGAGAGGACUCUUGACGAUCCUCUUGCCGGCAGUGCGUGCUGCACCCUCACGGAUGACACUCCGUUCCGCGCAUGCUCGAAAUUUCGAAGUUCGUUUUUCGUUUCAAACAAUCAAAACACAAAUUUAUACAUUUUUCGGCUUAAAUUUUUCAUCAUCGUACAAUUUUAUAUUUUAUUAUCAUACAAAUGGAUACAAGAAAUAAGAGGGACACGAUUUACAGUUGAUAAAGAACGUUUGUUCGUAAUUUUUGAAAGCACCUAAUCGAAAUGUGAAUUUUUUAACAAUUUUGUGACGGUGCGAGAGAGAUUGGUGUACGAGUGUUUUAAUAGAAGAAGAAAUCAAACGAAUAAUUGUUCGACGAAAAAAUAAAGAUAAAAAUUGAAGAAGAUAUAUAAUUGAAAUUUGUCGAAAAUAGACAAGUGAUAAUUCAUCCGUGAAGAUGAAGACCAACGAUGGAAAAAGAAUGAACGCGGAAACAGUGAAAGUUGGGUGUUUUCAAAUGCUUCUUGUAUUAAUAUUUUGCAUAAAUUACAUCAUCGUAUCUAUGAACCAUGCUCUACCGGCUUUUCACAAUUACACACCGAAAUUUUAUUGUCAGCCAAGGAAUACAACAAGCAGAACUUAUGGCUGUCAAAUCCAAAACAAUUGGACGAUCGAAUCUAACUCGAGCACCGAACUUGAGAUGGAUUCCUGUUCUGGUGAUUAUCGAUUCGCGAUCGAGCCUGGUGAGAACAGCGUUGUCACCGAGUGGAUCUUGAUAUGUGAAAGAAGAUAUUUGACGUAUCUAGCGUCGGCAAUCUAUUAUCUUGGUGCUUUGAUCGGUGCUUCGAUUGCUGGAAUUUUGGCUGAUCGAAUUGGAAGACUACCAGUUCAAGCGAUUUGUCUUUAUACACAAGGCACUAUGGCUGUUGCAUUGUACAUCGUGCAGAGCUAUCCUACAUUUUUGGCACUUCGUGGCCUUCAAGGUAUCUUCGUACAAGGCCUACAAAACUCAACAUACAUAUUAUCAUUGGAAUUGUUUCCCAGUAAAUCGCGAACUCUCGUCGCUCUGAUCAUGCAAAUCGCUUGGGCUAUCGGCCUGAUACUCUUAGCGAUACUCAGUUAUGUUAUACCAGACUGGAGAAUUUUGCAGCUGGCUGUUUCUGUACCUACAGCGAUAACAGUUCUAUAUAUCUGGAUAAUACCCGAAUCCCCGCGAUGGCUACUGGCUAAAAAUAAGUUAACGGAAGCCGAUAUGGCUUUGGAAAGAAUCGCGAAAUAUAACGGGUGUUGCACGAGAAUACGCAGAGAGAACGUUAUCGAGCCUGAGCCUGUUGCUAAAGAAAAUCCGACGCCGGUGAAGCCGGAAAGGAAAUCACGUGUUUCUAGCGUCGACUUAAAGAAACCGAAAACUCUUGAAAUGACGACGCAAGACGAGGUGAUGAAAUUGCUGAAUACGCCGGAUUCGCAUCAGCAAAAAGAGCAAUCCAGAAGUUCCACUGUGAUCGUUCAAGUACCCACAAAACGAAUUUCGUCGACGAACGUCGAAUUACGAAAGGAAAAUGACGUAGAAAAUGAAAUGAAAAAUCCACCAUCUUGUUCGACCAAUAACCGGAGAUCUAAGAGAAGUUCUCAAUCCGUUUACGAUCAAAAGGUAUCUUCGAAAAUAGAUGAGGAGAUCGUUGUUCUUAGAAAUCCAAGGAAACUUCAAGAAGCAAAUGAUAAUGAAAUAAAAAUGGACGAAAAUGUCGGACACGAAUCAAAAAAAAUAAAAAGUAAAACUUUACAAAAGCUAUUCAAACGAUCAUUGACAAGAAAGUAUAGUCUUGUGAUGGUUCUUCAGUGGUUUUCAUCCUCUAUGGCGUGUUAUCUUUUAGCAUCGCUUUUACCAAAUUUUAACGUAAAUAGACACGUGACUUUUGCCUUAGGAGGAGCCUUAGAAAUUGCUACUUAUACGUUUAUAUAUUUCGUAUUGUCCAGAUACGGAAGACGAGUACCUUUGAGCAUAUAUCAAUCUACUACCGGCGUAAUAUUAAUCAUAUUAUCUAUUCUAAUUAUUUUAAUAGAUUCUUCUUUAGCCUGGAAAGAUCUUAUGGAAACUAUAAUAUUGCUAUUUGGUAAAGUAACUGUAAUAAGUACUAUUGCUAUAACGUAUCUCUAUGCCGUUGAACUAUUUCCAACUGUUGUAAGAGGAACCUGUUUAGGUUUAUGCACAAUUUUUGCUGAAGUCGGUUCUUUAAGUAUACAAGUGUUAUCAUUGGAAAAAUACGUGCCAAUUAACAUAUCGUUAGCGAUCGUUGGUGUAUUAUCUCUUAUUUCUGGUAUACUAGCAAUCAUUUUACCAGAAACAUUGAAUAAGAUUCUACCGGAUACAAUAGAGGAUAUUGAACAGAUGUUUGUUAAAAGAAGGGAUCAGAAAAACGAUGAGGAAAUUGUUAAUGAGGAUAAAAAUAUUGCAAAAGAUGAUCUUACGGAAAGAGAAAUACUAAGAGAGAAACUUUUUUCGGAGGAUUGGGUGGACGCCGGAAACGGUAUAUUAGUUAAUUUUUCCGAAAAUAAAAACGCGGAUUGUACGCGUGAUUAGUUGAAAUUUUCUUGAGUGAAAAUAUUAUUUUGUUUUGUUUUUUUUUUUCCAAUUUUAAUGCAGGUUCAAGACCACUCUGAUGUAAAUGUGUAAAAUGUGCUUUCCAGUAGAAAUGUAAGUUUUAUUUGUCAAUGGCUUAUGUAUUUAUUAUCUUAGAUUCAUAAGAACAAUUUAGAAAUUUUAUCAUUUAUUGUAUAUACUUCUAUUUUCAUCUAUAAAAAUUCAUUCUUGGAACUAAUACUUCCAACAUUAAAUAUUGUAAUGAGACUGAAGAAGAAAAACUGAUUUGCUAUGUAAAAUAUUGUUUUGUACGUGGCAUACACACAACAUUUUUGAAAUAAAGUUAAAAUUAUAUUAAAUGAAA